UUUAGACCCUCCUCCAGAUAUGCAGCAGUCAAGCAGACACCCCUUCUUCUCCCCCCCACCAGAAUUCAGAGCCUCCCCAAUCGUGUCUUGGUAGAUGAAUGUUCUAGCUGUAGAACGUUUGGUCGGUGCUCAAUCCAAGGGUAAUUUUUUUCUUCCACUCCCUUCUCCAUAGGAUUCUCUGCAUUGGAGUGCAGUGCCAUUGAGGGAAUUAAACACAACUUAUCCUUUUCCCUUACCUGGUUCCUUACACCACUGAUCUCCAUUUCUGCAUGAGAAGAAGGUAUUGGGUCUCGCUAUGGAGGCACCUCAAAGGCUCUAAUUACAUAUCAAGAAGGUGUCAUGCUUAGGGGGAGUCGGGGGUGGAGAAGAUCCAGUCUGAACAAGUGGAGGUAACAGUCUUCAUCAAGGCAGAGGCUGCAGAACAAGGAGGACACCUUGUUAUUUUUAGAUAUUGGGUGGUGAAAAAAGAGCCAGUAUGGCUACCAUGAUCAGGAGCAAAUUGACCAAUGUGGCAACCUCGGUAUCGAAUAAGUCCCAGGCCAAGGUGAGUGGCAUGUUUGCCAGGAUGGGCUUCCAAGCAGCCACUAAUGAAGAAGCAGUUGGCUUCGCUCAUUGUGAUGAUCUGGACUAUGAGCACCGACAAGGUCUACAGAUGGACAUCUUAAAGACCGAGGUGCCUGCUGGAGACACCCUAGCAGAAGGGGACAUCCACUACCAAAGAGAUGGCUCGGGGCCCCCAUCCUCUGCUUCUAAGGAAGAAGGACUUUGUUCUGAGCUUUCUUCUGUUGGAAAACCUAAAAUCACAGCUUGGGAAGCCGGCUGGAAUGUCACCAAUGCUAUCCAGGGAAUGUUUGUUUUGGGAUUACCUUAUGCCAUUCUUCAUGGUGGAUACCUGGGACUGUUCCUCAUAAUUUUUGCUGCCGUUGUCUGUUGUUACACGGGGAAAAUCCUCAUCGCUUGCCUCUAUGAAGAAAAUGAAGAUGGUGAAACAGUGAGGGUGAGAGACUCUUAUGUGGACAUUGCUAAUGCUUGCUGUGCACCACGGUUUCCAAAACUUGGGGGUAGGAUUGUCAAUGUGGCUCAGAUCAUUGAACUGGUCAUGACGUGCAUCCUCUAUGUAGUGGUCAGUGGAAACCUAAUGUACAACAGCUUCCCAACCUUACCAGUUUCUCAGAAGUCUUGGUCCAUCAUCGCCACUGCUGUGCUCCUACCAUGUGCUUUCCUCAAGAACCUUAAAGCUGUGUCUAAGUUCAGCUUGCUCUGCACCUUAGCUCAUUUCGUUAUUAACGUCCUGGUAAUUGCCUAUUGUCUGUCAAGAGCAAGAGACUGGGCUUGGGACAAAGUCAAAUUCUACAUAGAUGUGAAGAAGUUCCCCAUCUCUAUAGGCAUAAUUGUCUUCAGUUACACCUCCCAGAUCUUCUUGCCCUCGCUGGAAGGGAACAUGCAAACUCCAAAGGAAUUCCACUGCAUGAUGAACUGGACCCAUAUUGCCGCUUGUAUCCUCAAGGGUCUCUUUGCCUUGGUGGCUUACCUAACUUGGGCAGAUGAAACCAAAGAGGUUAUUACAGACAAUCUUCCCUCCACCAUUAGGGCAGUGGUCAAUCUUUUCUUGGUAGCCAAAGCCCUGCUGUCAUAUCCAUUACCCUUCUUUGCUGCUGUGGAGGUCCUUGAGAAGUCUCUUUUCCAAGAGAGCACCCGAUCAUUCUUCCCAAACUGCUACGGAGGUGAUGGGCGGCUGAAGUCCUGGGGACUAACUCUCAGAUGCGCUUUGGUCGUAUCCACCUUGCUCAUGGCCAUUUAUGUGCCCCACUUCGCCCUGUUGAUGGGCCUCACUGGUAGCCUCACAGGAGCUGGCCUUUGCUUCCUCCUUCCAAGUCUCUUCCAUCUUAAACUCCUGUGGAGGAAACUUCAAUGGCAUCAUGUCUUCUUUGAUGUAUCCAUAUUUGUCAUCGGAUCCAUCUGCAGCGUUUCUGGUUUUGUGCAUUCUUUAGAGGGGCUAAUAGAAGCCUAUAAAUACAAUAUAGAAGAUUAAUUCUAAAAUGUUGAGGUGGCAGCCUUCAUCAGCAUUGCUCAUAAUUAUGCAUCAGUUUCUACUGACAGUCUCAUUUUAGCUAUUCAUACUGAUCCAUUAUUGGCCUACUGGGCUGGCAAUACAUUGCAACUUAUCAAGGGUGUCCAAUGUAUUCAUUCCCUUUUGACAGCUAACCCAUGCACAUAACAUGUUAAAAUUAGGAGGAAAAAAAUUAUACCAGCUAUAUCAAAAUAUAACUGUAUAUGGAUUGAAGGGAAAUAUUUUAUUUUUGUUAUAUUUAUUUAAAGUUGUCAUAAUUUGGACAAACUAUGGCGGAUACAAAAAAUAUAUAUAAAUAUAUAUUUACAGACAAAUAUACUUGAAUGCAAAGGAAUGGGGAGAUUUUUAAAGAUAUCUGAUGUAAGGCUGGUUCUGCAUGUAUUUCAAACUCAUCAGCCAUUAAUUAAAACCAUUUAUUAGGCAAACCACAAUGAUAUACCAGCUUACUGUUGGCUGGAGGCUAUCUACAGUUAUUUUUCUUUUAUUUUUGGCUAAGCUGACCUCUUAACCCUUUCUGGGUGGAUGAAAAUUCAGAAGCAGUAAUACAAGUGAUGCAUUUCAACGUGGUUGCCAUGUAAAAUUUACCCCUGAUCAAAUUAUCCAAACACCACAAAAAACAAACAAAAAAUAAAUAAAUAUAUAGUUGAGCUCCACUGUUGAAUCCCAGCAUUGUACCCCUUUUGGAAUAUUUUGUCCUAGGGGUACGCCCACAACAGAGCCAGCACACACAAGGGAUUUGUACAGGGGUGGAAUUUCAUCAUGUGCAGUUUUUUCCAAAGUGCAAGGUGUGUUACCUGUGGAUGUGUGUGUGUGUGUGACGUAACUGUGCUCACAGACAAAUGUAUAUCCUUAAAUUUUAUUGUGGUACCUUAAUAUAUACAACAAUAAAGAGAGAUUCUCAUGACAA